UUAGACGUGUCCUCGGAACCAGAGCAUCUUUCCGUCAUGGCGUUUGUUUGGGUGAAAUGCUUUGCUAACCUCCCGAUCCUGUAUGUUUUCUUUCUUAUGAUGCUGUAUUUGCCGUCUGGAGGAGGACAGAAGAAAAAGGAGAACCUCCUGUCUGAAAAGGUGGACCAGAUGAUGGAGUGGUCCUCUCGUCGCUCUGUUGUACGAAUGAACGGUGACAAGUUCCGUCGUUUUGUCAAAGCCCCGCCCAGGAACUACUCUGUCAUCGUCAUGUUUACGGCAUUGCAGCCUCAAAGGCAGUGUUCCGUCUGUCGGCAAGCAAAUGAGGAGUACCAGGUCCUAGCAAACUCAUGGCGCUACUCAUCUGCUUUCUCAAACAAGCUGUUCUUCACCGUAGUGGACUAUGAUGAAGGAGCAGAUGUUUUCCAACAGCUGAACAUGAACAGCGCGCCAACAUUUAUGCAUUUUCCAGCAAAGGGAAAGCCGAAAAGGGCAGACACAUUUGACCUACAGAGGAUUGGCUUUGCUUCAGAGCAGCUGGCCAAGUGGAUUGCAGACCGCACAGAUGUCCAGAUCCGUGUCUUCCGUCCUCCUAAUUAUUCAGGGACCAUUGCUUUGGCUCUGUUAGUCUCUCUUGUUGGAGGUCUACUAUACCUGAGAAGAAACAACUUGGAAUUCAUAUACAACAAAACCGGAUGGGCCAUGGCAGCACUGUGCGUUGUUUUUGCAAUGACUUCUGGUCAGAUGUGGAAUCACAUCAGAGGUCCUCCCUAUGCGCACAAAAACCCACAGAAUGGACAAGUGAGUUAUAUUCAUGGCAGCAGUCAGGCUCAGUUUGUGGCGGAGUCUCACAUCAUCCUUCUCCUGAAUGCUGCCAUCACCAUGGGGAUGGUGCUGCUCAAUGAAGCUGCUACUUCCAAGGGAGAUGUCGGCAAAAGGAGAAUUAUCUGCUUGGUUGGCCUCGGACUGGUGGUGUUUUUCUUCAGCUUCCUACUUUCCAUUUUCAGGUCGAAGUAUCAUGGAUACCCUUACAGUUUCCUUAUUAAGUGAAAGAAGGAGCUGUAGGUCAGAGAAUGACCAAAGUGGUAGGUGAGAGAAGUCGACAAGAUACUUGAAGAGGCGGACACAGCCUAGCUAUUGAAUCUUCGGUUUGUGUUAUGCUUUUAAGUUAUUUAAAUAUUAAUAUCUGUAGUAGUCACAUUGUUUUUGUUAUUGUCAUAGUGGUUGCUGUUGUUAUCAUCUCUGCUAGCUGAUUAGAUAAAGCCCUUCCUUACAAUGGAAAAUAAAGGCAUUUGUCACAACUC